AUGGGCGUCGGCAAGUUCGUAAGCUCGAGCACAUUCUGCGUCGGUGGCUACAACUGGAAUAUCAGGCUCUAUCCGGACGGAGUCACGAAAGACCACGCUGGCAAAGGGUCAGUGUUUUUGCACCAUCUCUGCUCACCGGAUUCAAAGGGUGUGAGGACAAAGUUCACAUUAAGCGUUCUGGAGAAACACGGCCAAGUAACCAGGGCUCUAGUCGACCACAUCUUUCCUCGAGCUCAUACUAGUGACGGUUUCGGCUACACCAGAUUCUUCGACAAUUCAAAGCUGAAAUCAAUGCCAGACCUCUACUAUGGCUCAUUGACCAUAAGGUGCGUACUCACCAUCAUAAAAGAAUCUCACACGGAGCUUAAGACGAACCUUGCCGUGGCUCCACCGUCGAAUCUGCAAGAGCAUCUCCGGCACAUGCAUGUGGAUGGAGAUGGUGCAGAUGUGACAUUCAGUGUUCGUGGCCAAUUGUUCAAUGCCCACAGAUGUUUGUUGGCUGCACGGUCCCCGGUUUUCAAGGCAGAACUCUUCGGUCCGAUGAAAGAAAACUCAACUCGGUGCAUCGAGAUUGAUGACAUUGAGCCACAAGUCUUUGAGGCCCUUCUUCACUUUAUAUACACAGAUUGCAUGAUGGAUGGUUAUGAAGAAGGAAAAACUGAAAAUCUACAACACCUACUAGUUGCGGCGGAUCUAUAUGGAGUGGAGAGGUUGAGGGUUAUGUGUGAAGGUAAAUUAUGUGAUAGCAUCGACUUGAAAACAGUCGCGACAACGCUAACUUUAGCGGAGCAACAUAACUGCGGGGUUCUCAAAAAAGCAUGUAUUGAGUUUCUAGCAUCAGGGAAGACACUUGAAGCUGUGAAGAAAACAGAUUCAGAUGUCAUUUAUUUCUAUCGUUCAAAAGAAAAACAGAGCGAAAAUCCCAAACUUGAUUUUUGGUGA